AUGAUGGCGCCUACCCACGUCUUUAAUAAUGACAACAGCAAUAGGCGACGGCAAACGACAGUAACAAUUGGCAGAAUGAAGUUGCCUUUUCGUAGGGUGUUGUUCUGGUUUGUGGCGAUGUGGGCCACAAUGAUCUUGUGGUGUUUUCACUUCUUGGAGGAUCAUGUUCCAUUGACAAACCUUGUUCACUUUACCCCACAACCACCGCCUACACCGGCACCCACAAUGGAGGAUACUGAUCCACCAGACUAUGUGGAUGAUCCUACGGAUAUUCAGUGGCUUAAGGAUGAAUUUGGUGCCAGAGUGCUGUACAUUGUCACUUCCAUGUCGGAAUUUGACAAUGGUCACCGCAACACCAAAAAGGGGAGAGAUAGAUUCACGGAGAUUUUGAUUCCAGUGGUGAAAGAGGCUUGUGCUUCGAUGCGCUCCUUUGGAUACCAAGUGGAUUUGUACCUUAUUACCUACUACGAGUUACGACAAGAACGAUUCCAGUUGUUGAGAGAUAGUUUGCCAGACAUUGUUGGCAUUGAAGUAUGGGACGACGCGGCGCCUCUUGGAUAUGGUUUGAUGCCGGGUGAUGUUGAUGCAACAAAAAACAAUCAAACAGGCCAGCAGGAAGUCGUUCAGGAAAUUCCCAGGGCUCUUGCACGACAACAUCGAUAUGUCAUCAAGGACAAGUUUCGAUACUACAGCAAGUUUGUUGCGUUUGAGGAUGACAUGCUCAUCAAAGGAGAUCAUGUGAACUACUUUGAGGAAAUGACGAUGGAGCUCCAUUGGUUGCGCCAGAAUGCUCCCAUUCGAAGGACUCCCAUUCGAGAUAACCCAUCAUCCAAAAAUGUCAAGCCCAUUGAUCAGUUCUACGGUGAACUUACUAAAAUUCAAUUGGCACGGCUAGUACCGGGUUUCAUUCGAGUGGAGGUGGUGGAUGAUAAAAAAGAAUUACAGGUAGGACGGACACAGCCGGCCACAUCAUUGCCACAAUCCGAAAAGGACGUAGAAGGGAUGCUGGAACCACGCUCGUGUUGCCACACAUCUGGAAUCCGCCGUUUGAACAACACAUCAAUUCUUGAACCCAAAUUGGAAGAUAUCUUUUUGUGGGAAACACAAGCCCAUGCUUUAGGGAUUCACAAGUUGCCAGAGUCUGCCAACUUUCUGGAGUGGAUUGCUCUCCAGCGCGGCAUAGAACAAUCCUUUAUCCCACGUGAAAAAGUGAUUGGAGAAUACUGGGUCGGCCAGAAUGCCGAGCCCAAGAUAGAAAGACCAAACACUAUUGCGCCUCAAUUCAUCAAUAAUCAGGGUGGCUGGAUGGGAAUCAGGGAAGAGAUAUUUGCUUGGCAUCGAGGUCAUUGCAAAGGGCUUUUUCUACCUCCAUUUGAUGACAUGGAUGGGCUCAAGAACAAUGUAGAGUUUUGGUCUGGUGGAUUGAAUCUGGUGGGGAUGAAUGCAUGUCAGCUUCAAAGGUUCAUCAGCCUUGAUCCCUCCAUUUUUUCACAGCAACUUGUGUAUCACACAUCCAACAACAAACAAAAAAGCAAAAAUCUAGUCUUCACAAACGUGCAAGACUUUUGGGAACAGCUCAAUACAGCGCGGCAAACUACCACUCGAUACUGUACCUUCCAAGCGACCACAUUUCUCCUCCAAUCUCGCUCCAUGGAUGGGCUCAGAGCAGGGGCAGAACGUUGCAAGCAAGCGGAUAUUCAGGAUGACAACUAUCGCAAUCCGCAAUAG